AUGAGUCUCUCAAGUGCUGUGGAAUGGUGGGAGGAGUGGCAGCUGCGCAUCCUCGUUUUGGGCAGCCUCUUCCUCCAGUGGCUCCUCCUUAUUUUGUCUGCCGUGCGUAAGCUUGCUAUUCCUUGCUGGUUCAGGUCCCUAAUAUGGCUUGUAUACCUAGGCAGCGAUGCUCUGGCAAUAUACGCCAUGGCUACCCUCUUUAGCCGCCAGAUGAAGCAGGAUCAUGGUUCUGUCCACAGCAAUAGCAUCCUGGAAGUAGUUUGGGCUCCCAUUCUCCUGAUGCACCUCGGUGGACAGGACGGUAUAACCGCCUACAACAUCGAAGACAACGAGCUGUGGACGAGGCACGUCCUCACCGCCGUGACCCAGAUCACUGUGGCCAUCUACGUGUUUUGCAAAUCAUGGCCAGGUGGUGACAAGAGGUUAUUGCAGGCAUCAAUCUUGCUCUUUGUCCCGGGGAUCCUCAAAUGCCUAGAGAAGCCUUGGGCUCUCAAGAACGCUAGCUUCAAUAGCCUAGCUUCAAUGGCUCUAAAGAGGAUGGCACGCCCAAGUGCAUUUUUUGAGAAGAUACAGAUGUUCUUCAAUGAGCAACCAGUGAUGAUGCGCAAGUUGAUAGUGGACUAUAUUGAUUUUACCUUUCCAGGGUGGGUGAGCCCAUCUGCUCCCCGUUUGUUGAUCAUAAGCAAGAUUGGCAGGGACAUUAUGCUUGAAGACUAUGUGCAAGAAGCAAGGGAUUAUGUCCUGUGCAAUGGUCAUCCUCAAGCAAGAGGAAGAGGCGCCACAAUUGACCUUGAGCAUAACCGUGCUCCUCAAGUGCAAGGAGAAGGCGAUACAGCUGAGCCCAACCAUGUUCCUCAAGCCCGGGUAUUGAGCGAUGAAGAAAAGCGCAGAAUCCAUAAAAGGAUAUUAAGUGUUGAGGCCACUAAGUUAUUUGUAGACCUUGCAUCAUCGUAUCGUGAUCGGCUAAGUAUCCUAGAAACUUUCCUGGUGCAUGAUGUUAAUAUGGUGUAUGGAUCACUGCAAGAAGGGCUAUCCGAGAUGUUUGCUCUUCUCUACACAAAAGCAAAGAUGAGAUUCAUCACAGAAGAGAUCACACUGAUGCGUAUUUUUUCUGAUCUCGUACGGGAAGCAACUGCGUUCCUGCCAUUCGCAGCUAUCGGCCUCUUCCACAAGAGUAACAGAGAGGCUUACAAUGUUAAUGACGUCAAUGUUACAUAUGCCUUGUUCUGUUGUACUGCUGUGCUGGAGUUAUUUUCCCUGAAUGCAAAUCUGAUUAAGCUGACAUCUUCUGGCAUGGUUGCCCAAUAUAACCUCGUAGGUUUCUUUGCCCGUAACAAAAGGCACAGCAAGAAGAUGCAUAUCCUUAGUUCCUUCAAGUGCAAGGGCUUUCUUGACCAGCGUUGGUGCAUGGAGUCAUGCUCCUCAUCUUCCAGAAUUACAGAGUUGGUUCUUGGACAUGUAAAAGGUUGGUGGAAGGAACACAUAGUAGAUGCCGCCAGUUACAGGAGGUUCAAUGAUCACAGGGGCCAAUGGACUAUUCAGCAUACAGGAUGCUACCAAGAUCUGGCAUGGAGUGCAAACAAGCCAUUUGAUGAGAGUGUCCUUCUGUGGCACAUCGCAACCGACCUGUGCUUUUCCCAAAACGGUGUUCAAUCAGUUAAUCAGGAAAAGGCCACAGGGUGCAGAGAAAUUUCCAACUACAUGAUGUACCUAUUGUUUGUCAAUCCUGAGAUGCUAUUGCCCGGCACGAGGCGAAAUCUGUUCUUGGAAGCUAAUGCUGAACUGGAGGAGAUCCUCGAGGAUGAUAAGGCAUCACUCAAGGUCAUCCUCAAUGGCGACAAGCCAUCGCUCAUGGAGAUCCUCAAGGGAAAGAAGCCAUUCCCUCAGUUCCUGAAGGAAAAAGGGCCAUCACCUGAGGAGAUUGAAAGAGGAUUUAUGGGCAGAAUAAUCGCCAAGUUGGAGUCCUUGAAAUGCAGAGAAACAGAUCCAGGAUGCAUAGAAUUGCCAACGGAUGAAGAGCAGUAUCCACCUGCACAAGAAGGUUUUAUCCAGGAUGCCUGGAAGAUUUCUCAAGUUUUGUUGGCUAUGGAUGAUAAGAAGAUGUGGGAAGUGAUUGAAGGUGUGUGGGUGGAGAUGCUCUGCUUUUCUGCCAGUAGGUGCCGAGGGUUCCUGCAUGCCAAGAGUAUGGGCACUGGCGUGGAGUUACUCACUUAUGUCUGGUUCCUGUUGUCACGCAUGGGGAUGGAGACCUUGCCGGAGAGGCUGCAGAGGACGGAGCUUUCAAGUGGAGAAGGAUAUGCCGGCGCCACUCCAUCGACUUCCCAGAUAUAUGGGGUCCAAUAUCCAACACGCUACAGACGCUCGAAGCCUCAUGAAGAAGCUGCUGCUGAUGCUGCUGGCACAUCUACCUCUCAACCCCAAGAAAUCCUACAAGCUGAUUAA